ACUCAGUUUUGACCGUGUGCAUCUGGGUCGCGCGAAGCAUCCUGUGAAUUGCUAUGAAAGCAUUACUGCAGAAAUUUCCUACGUGAGUUCACGAACACGCGGGUUCAAAUACCCCAUAUAAAAUGCUUGUUUGGGCAUCAGAAAUCUUCAAAAAAAAUUCAAGCAAUUGUCAUAAUGAAAAGCUGUUGGGGCAUUUGCUUUACCACAUCAAAAAUCUUCAGAAAAAUUUCAGGCAAUUGCCUUACAAAACAAUGUUGUUGGGCAUCUUGUUUACCACAUCAAAAAACUUCAAAAACGUUUCAGGCGAAUCUCGCUUCUUCUCUUGCUGCGAAGAUGGAGGGAAAAGAGAGCAUAAAAGGUUCUGUUAUAAUCCAGAAGAAAAAUGUGUUGGAUUUGAACGAUUUCCAUGCCGGAAUCGUGGACAAUCUCAGUGAGCUGCUUGGGAAAGUAGUCUCAGUCACACUUGUUGGCAUACCUCAAGGCAACUCUGCAUCAACAGUCAAUGCCAGUGCAAACUUGAGCGAACCUGCUUACUUGCAGAAUUGGAGAAGUACUCCCGUAGUGGCCAUCACUGGGAAGACCACAUAUCCAGUGGAGUUCAAAUGGCACUCUGACAUGGGAACCCCUGCUGCUUUCUUUAUAAAGAAUACUCACAGACAUGAGUUCUUUCUAAAUUCACUUACUCUUGAACUUCCUGGUCAGGGUAGGGUUCAUUUCGUCUGUAAUUCUUGGGUGUAUCCUGCAUCUCGCAAUAAAAAGGACCGGAUCUUUUUCUCCAACAGGAGUUAUCUCCCUUCUGAGACUCCUCCGGCUCUGUUGAAAUUGAGGAACGAGGAGCUGAUAAGCCUGAGAGGCGAUGGAACAGGGGAGAGAGAAGAGUUGGACAGAUUGUAUGACUACGAUUUUUAUAAUGAUCUGGGAAAUCCAGACAAAGGUGAGGAACACAGUCGUCAAGUGUUGGGAGGAUCUCAAGCCUUUCCCUACCCUAGAAGGGGCAGAACAGGACGCCCCCCUACAAAGAAAGAUCCAGCAUCUGAAAGCAGACUGUCAGUAUUCUCUAGCCUAGACAUCUUUGUGCCGCGAGAUGAACGAUUUGGGCAUUUGAAACUGUCUGAUUUUCUAGGCUACGCCAUUAAGUCCUUGGGACAAUUUCUACAGCCUGAACUCAAAGCCUUUUUCGAUUCCACCCCCAACGAAUUCGAUUCCUUUGAAGACAUUAUGAAACUCUACUCGGAUGGGAUAAAGUUGCCUGACAACCCAAUUCUUGAUGACACGAAGAAUCGCAUUCCAUUGGAGCUUAUAAAAGAGUUGGUUAAAACGGAUAGCGAAGGCCAAAAUCUCCUCGCGUAUCCUACUCCUCAAGUCAUCGCCAGGGACAAAUUGGCAUGUUACAUCAUAUCUUGUGAGUGUAAAGCCAAAAUUAACUGGACAUUGGUUGCAGGGGACAAAUUGGCAUGGAGGAAAGAUGAAGAGUUUGCACGCCAGAUGCUCUCUGGUGUGAAUCCGGUAAUCAUACAGCGACUUCAGAGUUUUCCCCCGAGAAGUGAAUUAGAUCCGGAGAUAUACGGGGCCCAGGAGAGCUCUGUUACAGUUUCAGAUAUAGAACAGAGCCUCGAUGGCCUCACAGUGAAGCAGGCUCUUGAUGAAAGCAAAUUGUUCAUUCUGGACCAUCACGACACAAUCAUGCCUUACGUGAAUCGAAUAAAUGCUCUGAAACAACCAGACGCAAUCAUCCCUGGCUUGGAUCGAAUAAACCCUCCAGAUUCUACCAAGAUAUAUGCUACUCGCACCAUUCUGUUCCUGAAAGAGGACGGCACAUUGAAACCUGUUGCGAUAGAGCUUAGUCUCCCCCCUUUGGAUGAUCGGCCAUACUAUAGAAAAGUAUUGACUCCUGCAGAGGAAGGCGUUGAAGGGGCGCUCUGGCAUCUUGCAAAGGCUUAUGUUGCAGUGAAUGAUUCAGGACACCAUCAGCUAAUCAGCCACUGGCUUAGAACUCAUGCAGUGACAGAGCCAUUUAUAAUUGCAACAAACAGACAGUUGAGUGUUAUGCAUCCCAUUCACAAGCUACUGAGUCCCCAUUUCCGAGACACAAUGAACAUCAAUGCCUUUGCCCGCCAAAUUCUCAUAAAUGCAGGGGGCGUUCUUGAAAGAACAGUAUUUCCUGGAAAAUACGCCAUGGAAAUGUCUGCCGUUGUCUACAAGGGCUGGAGGUUUGAUGAAGAAGGAUUACCUGCCGAUCUGCUCAAGAGAGGGAUGGCAGUAAAAGUAGAAGAUAAAAAAGCGAAACAUGGGCUGAGGCUUACGAUUGAAGACUACCCUUAUGCAGUGGAUGGGCUAGAGAUAUGGUCCGCCAUAGAAUCAUGGGUUGAGGAAUAUUUAUCAUUCUACUACAAGACUGAUGAGGCCGUGGCAUCUGAUACAGAGCUUCAAGCGUGGUGGUAUGAAAUCAGAAACGUAGGGCACGGAGACAAGAAGGAUGAGCCAUGGUGGUACGAAAUGCAAAGCGUACAAGAUCUUGGAAAGGCCUUAACUACGAUCAUAUGGGUUGCCUCAGCUCUGCAUGCUGCGGUUAAUUUUGGUCAGUACCCAUAUGCAGGGUACAUGCCCAAUCGGCCCACAGUGAGUAGAAGGUUGAUUCCUGAAGAGGGUUCUAAAGAAUUCACAGAGCUGAAGGAGAAUCCCGAUUUGUUCCUGCUGAGGACCAUCUCAAACCAAUUUCAGACGACGCUGGGAAUAGCCCUGAUUGAGAUCCUCUCCAGGCAUUCCACAGACGAGGUAUAUUUGGGGCAGCGUGCAUCUCCUGAUUGGACAGAUGAUGAAAGAGUAGCGAAGGCCUUUGAGCGUUUUGGGUCCCGCUUGAAACAGAUCGAGGAAAACAUUACAGACAGAAACAAUGAUAAAAGAUACAAGAACAGAUCAGGCCCGGCAGAGGUUCCCUAUACUUUGCUUUAUCCAAAUACUUCUGAUAAGAGUGGCAAAGGAGGACUCACAGGAAAAGGAAUUCCCAACAGCGUUUCCAUUUAAUAUGCUCAUAUUUUGAAGCCUCCAGAGAUGGAACUUGAUAAAGGCUUCUCAUUCCCAAUAUUUACUGCACAACACAGCGAUGUAAUAUGGAUCAACGUUUUUUACCAUUUAUAUUGUGCUCGGAUUUGCAUUGGGUGAGAAUUUUUUGUCUUUCUAUUUCCUAGUUUGGAUGAGCCGUUCUCACAGUAAACCGCUAGCAGUUGCAUCAUUUUGCCAAGAAAAUGUUUGAUUACAUAAAUA